CACACCCAAUCUUCCUAACGCAAUUUCCGCCUGGAUCGGACUUCAUUCAAGAAUACGACAUUUCGGGGCAGUCUUCACUUAUUUCCACUGCCCAAUCUCCUACAAUCGACGAGCAGGCCCAAAUCCCGCUCCACCUUCGAUUGUGGGACGCGUCUGCAAUAUGAUCGCGAGCCAGCCACCAACCGUGCAACCAGUCACCUUCUGAUUGCCAACUCUCAGACUACGAACUCUUCCGUACCACGUCCCACCUCAUACAACUUGAUCUUCGAGCGUAAAUGGCUUCACCUUUUGUUAUGCGGGAGCCGGAGGACAUGCAGCGUGUGCCCCCCCUUCCCUCCACCGGUGAUGGAGAUAUCAACAGCACGGAGAGCAUACCACGGCGGUUCAUGGGAGUCAAGGUCCUCUACACAUUCGAUGAUCAGAACCGGGCAAACUGUCUGGCUCGCUUGCCAAACCCGAUGAGCAUUCCCACAGUCACGGUCGACGACGGCACCGAGGUGGGAGUCAUACAACUCAAGGCGUGUAUUCAGGCUAUCGUUGCCGCUAGUCCCGAACUCGUUGCUAAGCUCGGCCAUGAUUACACCGUCUACGCGUACGAUUAUUCAGAAUACGAAACCCCGCUCGUCGGCCAAGGAAUGCUUUCAUGGAUCCUCGCCUCCGCCUCCGCCACCCCGAAUGCACCAGCCGAAGUAUCCGAGACCAUGGUCACCGGCCGUGUUUGCCGGAACGUAUUGGGCCUCUUUUCCAAUGGGAUCAAGGAGACAUUGGAGGUGAAGCUGAAGCUUGUUCCGGUACCGACGUGCUUGCAGAGAGAAUAUGUGGAGAACAUGGAGAGAUAUCACAGCCUGAGUCGAGUGAUGCCGGCAGGCACAGAUUACAAGGCAUGGGCAGAAUUCCUGAAGACGAACCCUGCUAUUGCACAGCUGGCACAGCAGCAACCCCAACAGGCCAUACACCGUCCCGCCAUGGCUCAUGCGGAUGCUUCGGCGCCUAUGUCGAACCGUUCCAUGCAUCAGAUGGAGCACUCUCCUCCCGCCCAGGCGCAGCUGGCCUAUGGGAACUACGCAACGAGACCGGCCAGCCCCGCAUUAUCUACGAUCUCAUUUAGCCACUACCAACCAGAGCGUCGGCCCAUGUCGCAGGCUUCUCAUCGCAGCGAGACUGCUCCCUCGACCCAGCAUUUGGCCCCGCAACAGACGCCUGCCCCGGAGCAACAGGAGGAAUGUCCGCCGAAGAAGAGGGCACGCGUGACCAGAGCUACCAGGCCGAGGAAAACGCCACUGGGUGUCAGCAAUGACUCACUGAGGGUCACCGCCGCCACCGCUGCUUCAGUCCGGCUACAUAGGCCGACAGCUACGAACCCGGCGUGUGGCAGAGCCGCCAUGGACCAAGUGCCACGCGCACCCACACCUCGUCCUGGCGAUAUAGCUUCAAACCGGCCACGCAGUCUCACAGGUGGCGCAAAUCCGAGUCUCCUUAGGCACGGGUCGAUCGAUGAAGGACGUCCGUUCCAAUCCGCUUAUGACUCUGCUAUGUUUUCAGACCAAGCAGCUGAUUCAGCUGACGAUGAGAGAGGCAAUAGUGCCGGAGAGACCCCUAUGGAUAUACCGUCUUCACCUCCCAUCAUGCCCGAGAGGAUGGCAUCUUCCGUGCCCUCCAGUCCAGGACUACCUGCGUUACCGUAUCCAGGGGAUUCCGGCUUUGUGAGCGAUAUGCCACUGGGAAAGGACGAAGACUCAGAGAAGGACAAGAACAAACAUUGGGAAGGCAGCGAUCUACCCACGAUUGCAGACACAAGGACACGACGUAAGCCGCUGGAUCGGUCCCAUUAUCCUUGGACCCAAGUCACUCCUGGUCCUGUGGAGUUGUUGCCUAAAUCCUACAUCCCAAAGCCGAAAGCAUACCCCCGAUCACGUCAAUCUGCCGAGAAGCUGGAGAAGGUCCAAGCGGAUGCAACCCAGGUGGGUUCACAACAGGCGCCGGAGCAAUCGAAGACGCCGGAGGACUCAGGGCUCUCACAUACCCCUGAAGGUGAUCCUCCCUUCCAGCAUCGGAACUCGUCGGCGCCGGAGACCCAAGUCCAGUAUCAGCCACAGCCGUCCACUCAACUCGCCGUUGCGCCUUCAGUAGAGGUUCGGAAUCAACCAAAAAUGCAAGACCCGCAGGGUGACGCUCGUCUGCAACAUGUCAAUACAGCACAUCCUGGAGCCAAUCCCGAUACAGUUCCCGGCGACAGAGUCAAUGAGCCUUCCGUACCACCAUCUCGAGCUGGUACACCGACUCUUCCGGCCAAAGGCGCAAGAUCUACAAAACCAAGGGGACUUCCAAGAUCGCAAACAUGGUCUGCAGAACCAAUGUCCGACGCAGGGUUUCCAGAAGGCAAUCCGGCACAACCUAGGAGCGGAUCCGGUGCAAAACGGCGAAAGCUGAUUGCGGAACAGCUACAAGAAUCUUUGGCCAAAGGUAUAAUGCCAGCAUACUGUAAUCAUUGUGGCGAGAUUGAGACGCCUACGUGGAGGAAGGCGUACACCCGGGUAGAAGUCGGUCUGCCUACGGGUAUCCAAUUGUCGUCGGACGGCAACGGUAUCGUUGGGGUCGAGGUUAUGUCCAUGGAGGAGAACGACGGAAUACCGAGAUAUCGAGUAUUCAAGAACGCACUGGACAAGGUUGAGAAGGAAGGGGGAUCGUACCAGCAGCUCAACCUGUGCAAUCCAUGCGGUCUUUAUCUCAAUAAGAAGAACGAAAUGCGACCGAGGGAACUCUGGGCAAAGAAGCCGGCCGGUGGGGAGAAGCCGAAACGGAAGAAGUAUCCGCGUAAAAAGAAGACCAAAGAAGCGGGUGAUGACAUCCGUUCUGAUGCUGUGAUUCCUCAUUCGGAACCCUCAUUCUCCGCUGGCAAUGGAGAGUCACAAUCUUUCGUCGACGGUGCGAGUGAGGACGCCCCGCGGCCGCCGACCUUGCAAACGUCAACUAGCGCACCAGUUCGCUCUGAGUCUAGAACCACUGAGCGGGCUGAACCGACAGCGUUGGCCGCUCUCCACCGCGCCAUCCAAUCCAGUCCCGGGGUGAUGAUUGGAAGCAAAACCUCCCCGAUCAACGUUGAGGCGGACCUGACACCUAAAUCGACGAGACGGUUGCUGUUUCCAUCCCCUCGCAAGCCAGGCGAGUUCAAAUCGCUUUCGGACCGCGGUCCAUCAAUCUCGCCGUUCUCCAAAUCUCGCUCUGCUGGUUCUGAGCAACCGACGAGGAAAUCCCCCAGGAGAUCUCCCAGGAGGUCUCCCAGGUUUAGCGCUGUCGAGUUUGACAAGGAGAAUUGUCCACCAACGGCAAGUCAUGAUGAUGACGACCUGGCGCGUCUCUUCGGAGAGACACCCUCUACCAAAAGGACACCCUCCAAACGCGCCUUCACUGAUGACCUGCUGAAGACUCCCACCCCCAAGUCGCGGAAGCGCGUGGCAUUGGGAGAAGUCAAUGUGGAACAACUACUGAAGACCCCAACUCGGAACCUGUUGACGCCUGGCCGCAAUCCGGAGACGCCGUUGACGAAUAGACUGAACGCCAUGCUUUCCGAUUUCCUUAGCUCACCCACCCAAGCCAUCGACUUUUCAUCCUUCUCACCUUUCACCAUGACCCCUGGACAACUUGCAAGUCAGCUAUCCAGCUUCAGUGGCCAGAACGACUUCUUGUCGAGCGAUCUGCCCGUCCCCAGUAGUCCUGCUGGAUGCAUGGGAUUUUCCAUGUUUGAGGAUUCGGCGAGCGGGAAUAUGGGAUUAUGGAGCGGUGCAAGCAUAUUCAACGGUAGUGAUCCUCUUGCUGUGGAAGAGCACCAGAGUCCGCAGCAAGAGCAAGCUGCUGCGAAGGACAAGGACGGCAAUGCGAAGGCCCCAGAAAUCACGGUUGACUUUGAUGCCGUGGUCGAUGGUGUUAAUGGAGGAGGGAAUGCCAACGAUGGAAAGGGCGAGGUGGAGAAGCAGAUGAAGAAGGAGGAGAAGCCGGCGGCUGAGGGUCCACAUUCUGCUGAGCAGCAGGGGGCAGAGACGGCAUAAAUGACGAGCUUUUGCUUGGAAGGAACGGAUACACGGCUGAUAUGCUACCGUGUGGGAAACGGUGUUUUUUUUCUGGCAUGAGGCAUGAUGAAUGAAUUUUGAGAUUUUCAAAAUGUGGUUCGGACCAUGUUCGACUCGCGGCAGGAGGUAUCAUGACCUACCUGAUCUGUACAAUAUUUGAGCUUCAGAAGACGAGUGCCAUCAGAUGCAAGACAUGAAUGAUUUAUCAAAGCG